AAAUCCCCUAAUUGGCCAGGAUUUCACAUUUUCACGAGCUCAAGUCAACGAUACUGGUUCUGAUUUCUUGCCCUUCCAGUCCCACCAGCGCCAAAACAACUCAAUUCUUAGAAUAUAUUGUCAUUCGACCGGGCAACUUCACAGGAAUCGUUAUUGUCAUCAGACCACACAAGAAACUGUAAAAGCAAUAUCAUGGUCUGGGGUCUCUUUCCUGUUGACCCACUCCCAGGUUCAGAUUUCCUUACUGGUUUCAUGAGUGUUAAUAUCUUUGUUUGCCUUCGCGCAUUGCGGUAAACUCAUGGAUACAUUGCAAUGUCGAAAUGGGGACCGUCCCUGCACCAUCAAUGACUGGAAGAGUGAAAUUUGACUUUUGACCUUGGCAUUAAAGCGGCUGUCAAGCCUGGCUUUCAAAGCCCAAAGUCCUCUUACAAUCUGUUUAAUUUUGUUAAAAGUGCCAGUUGAGUGUAAGCUUGGGCUGUACUGAGUACCCUUUUUGGGGUGUACUAUUCAUGAAUAAAACUUCGACUUCCAAUUUUGGAACCAUCCAUCUUCCAACAUCCUGUGUAAAUGUGAAUGUACACUGCACAAGCUUUAGUGCCCCUAGAAGUCUACCAUGCAGUGGUGUUAUAGCAAUUUCUCAAUAUAUAUGUGUGUUCACAUUACCAGGUGAAGAUAAAUACUAUUUCAUCAAUAAAGGAACAUAUAAAGUUGGUCGGAAAGGAUGUGAUAUAAUUGUCAACAAAGAUAAAGGAGUUUCAAGGAUCCAUGCAGAAAUCAUGAUAGAAGAGAUGAUAUAUUUGGACAAACUGCAGAAGCAUUCGGAUGUAGUCUCGAAGGUUCGGAUAAGAGACUGUUCAAAGUAUGGAACCUUCCUCGACAACAACCUUACUUCAAAGGUGAAGGUUCAUGAACUUCCAAAUAAAGAAACAAUCCUUAAGGAUGGGGACCAUGUUUCAUUUGGUACUGGCAGUGCAAUAUAUAGGUUUUCUUUUGUUCCCCUUGUAUUUUUCAUUUGCUCAUCAGACAAUUCUAAAGUGAGUCAAGUUAUUACAAAGAACUUAUCAUCCAUAGGGGCCGGUGUAACCAGAAAAUGGAGUUCAAUUUGCUCACAUGUACUUGUUGAGGGCUCCAUUGCAUUCAAAGAAGGAUUAUUAGAUGCUAUUGUUGCCAGGAAACCCUUUGUCAAAUCUAGCUGGGUUGAGUUGGUUGCAGGAAAUAAUAUUCUAACUGACAUUCCCAGCUGCAAUGCGCAUGUUCCAACCUUGAUGCUCGAAGGAGCACCGGUUGAAGUUGCUGUCCCCGAAGCUCGAGAACGUUGUUUGAAAGCAUACACAUUUAUACUGGGUGUAACUAACAUGUAUAAACUGAAAGAUAGAUUGCAGCCAUUAUUGGAAGUAAGCGGUGCAAAAGUUUCUUCUAUGGAAACUUUCUGCCCCAAUAGCCAGGUCGUGAAGGACGGAAAUGACAAAACCAUACUAGUGAUUCCAGAAAUAUCAACAAACUUCCAAUGCUUUCGUGAUAGUUCUUUGUCCAGGGUAAAUGAGAUGGAUUUAGUUGCUGCUGCUUUAUCUGGACAUCUGGACCCUUCUUUGAUCAUUUCUCCACCAGUGAAAGUCUCAUCUUCGUGCUCCACGGACGAGACUGUCGUAGCAGAUUCAGAGGCAGAAACAGAAUGUAGCACUGAAUCAGUUCGUGAUGCUGUUCCAUUAUGUGUACUAGACUCUGAUGAUGAAGGCAACAAGGAAACAACAGCCUUACAUGUUAUUGAAUCUCCGGAAAAUUAUAUCAAAGAUGAGCAUUCUAUGCCAUUUAUCAAGCCUAUAGAAGAUGAUCAAAAGAGGGGUACUAGUUAUGUCACAUCAAAAUCAAUCAAAGAUGAUCAUUCUAUGCCAUUUAUCAAGCCAAUAGAAGAUGAUCAAAAGAGGGGUACUAGUUAUGUCUCAGCAAAAUCAACCAAACAUGAUGAAGAUCGUGAAAUUCCAGAAAACAAUUCUUCUGCUGAUAAGUCGGAAGAGGGUUGCAGCAAGAUGUCAGGAGUCAAAACUGGUAGUAAAAUGUCAACAAGAAUUAAAAUUGACAACUCUGAAAGUGGGAAUUCAGAUAUUAUAUUCAGCCAAGAUUUGAUCAUUCGAGAAUGUAACUUGACAGCUAAAGUGAAAUCUGCUUCAAAUGUUGGAGUUGCAAAUUUUAAACGCUUCAGAAAGACACAAGCACCAUCUGGAAAUAGCUAUAGCAGCCUGAUUCCAUAUGCAAAGUACCCAUACAGAGAAUCUGACUACAAUAGCAAUGAAGUAGUGGAAUCUAUAAAAGAGGAGAAGAAGAGAAAACAAAUGGAGGCUAGGGCAGAAGACUUGUUUAAUGAGAAGAAGGAUAAGCGUCGCGGGGUGGCGGGUUCUCUACAUGGAGUUUUAACUCGUGGUUAACAAAGAUCGGCUUUUGGUUAUCAACUUGGUUGUGGCAGGAUUUUACCGAUUGGAUUCAAAAUAUGCUGCUGAUGAUCAGUGGAUUUCAAAGUCACUGCGGCGAUUCAGCUUUAUGUAUAGAGUUUAUCAUAUUCCCCAUACUGUUCAGCUAUUCUCAUAUAUUAGUUUUGCAAUUUCUAGCCAUUAGAAAUGAAUCUCAGCUUAUUCUCGACCUGUUUUAUGUGUCUGCCUAGUUAACUUAUUAAUUUGGAUUGUUACUCUUAUCAGCCAGUUUCGUUAGAUAUUUCAUAUUGGGGUGUUUGAAUUUGAUUCUUAAAAUUGCUUCUACUUCUUCAGUGAGCAGUAA